AUGAGCAGAAAGUUUGCAAAUCUCAAAAAAUGGAAGAUUCUUUUUACACCUCUGUCACUGCUGAUUGUGUAUAUCCUGCUGUUGGUCAGGGUAAAGUACAGCUCCAUCCCUGAACCUUCAACUUCCCCGGAAGUUGCAGAUGAUGUGCAGACACAUCACAAGUACAAUAUCAGCUGCCCGGCUAUAUAUGACAUGGACCCGGUGGAGGUGGGUAAAUCCCUGAGGAUUCGAUGGAAAGAAGUUGUGGAGGAUAAGGAUGAAAGUCUUUUUAACCUCACCUCAAACUGCCCAUCAUUCAUCAAAUCCAGAGGUUAUGACAAGGUGUGUGUCUCAGAGGAGGAGAGAGACUUCCCUCUUGCUUAUUCACUGGUUGUGCAUAAAUCUGCAUGGAUGGUGGAGAGACUCGUCAAAGCUCUGUACUCACCAGGUAACAUCUUCUGUAUUCACUACGACCAGAAGUCAUCACCUCAGUUCAUCUCUGCCAUAGAGGGUCUGGUAAGCUGUUUGCCCAACGUCUUCAUCGCCUCCAAACGAGAGUCGGUCUAUUAUGCAAGCAUCACUCGAUUGCAAGCUGAUCUCAACUGUCUGUCUGACCUUUUGAGGUCAGAGGUCAAGUGGAGCUAUGUCAUCAACCUCUGUGGCCAAGAUUUUCCCCUCAAGACCAAUAUUGAGCUGGUGUCGGAAUUAAAGAAGUUAAAGGGGGCUAAUAUGCUGGAGACGAGCCGACCCUCUACCUAUAAGGAAAUGAGGUACUCUUUUCAUUACGAGCUGAAAGAUAUGCCAUAUGAAUAUCAAAAACUGCCGAUGAAGACGGAGCAGAAAAAAACUCCACCCCCUCACGGCAUUAAGAUGUUUAUUGGCAAUGCCUAUUUUGUCUUGUCACGGGACUUUGUUGUGCAUAUGAACACCUCAGAGGUGGUGAAGGAUUUCUUAGUCUGGUCACAGGACACUUACUCCCCAGAUGAACACUUCUGGGCCACACUUGUGCGACUGCCAGGUGUCCCCGGGGAGGUGCCCCGAUCUGAGCCUGAUAUCACUGACCUGAUGAGUAAGACCCGGCUGGUGAAGUGGAGUUACUUGGAGGAACACCUGUACCCACCUUGCUCCGGGGUACACGUCCGCAGCGUCUGCAUUUUCGGUGCUGCAGAGAUGCGUUGGCUGCUUAACUAUGGCCACUUGUUCGCAAAUAAGUUUGACCCCAAAGUGGACCCAAUUAUCAUUCAGUGCCUCGAGGAGAAGCUGGAGGAAAGACAAAAGUUAUUACAGUCAGUGGCAUCCUUAACCUGUAAUAAGGUUUCACCAAAGUAACAACA